AUGACAGUGAAAAUGACAACCCGAUUGGGUGUCUUGACCCUGGUGGUCAUUUUCACCUAUAUACAUUGGAUUGAAUGCCGUUCAAAAACAUUAACAUCAUCCGUUGAUUCUUUCGAAAAUACCGGAUUAAUCAGUAAAAAUGGCGCCGAUUCCGAUUCAUUAAUACCAAUGUCAUCCGAAAUGACUAGUUUAUUAUUAUCAUCACCAAAUAAAAAUGGUUAUAUGCUUGAUGGUUAUGGUAAAAAGAAAAAAUAUAAAAAAAAGAAAAAAAAGAAAAAGAAGAAAAAAUAUAAAAAAAAGAAAAAAUAUAAGAAAAAAAAGAAAAAAAAGUAUAAGAAAAAGAAAAAGAAAAAGAAGAAAAAGAAAUAUAAGAAAAAGAAGAAGAAAUAUUGAUCAUCAAUCGAUUCAAUCAUCAUCUAUGGGUUACAUCGAACAUCGAAUUACAUCGAACAUCAGUUGA